CCAAAAAAAGAACUUAUUUUUUCAAAUACUAAACCUACCAUGGAAUCUUGGAUCUGCAAUACGCUCAGCACUCAUCUUUUCCUUCCUUCCCCUUUAUUUCACAGAUGAGACAACACCACUUAUCUCAAACUCACAAUCAGUUACUGGCAAUGCCAAGGCUAAAAUUCAGUUUUCUGGUAUCUUUCUACCAUACAAACACUUCUUAUCUGAAAUAAGUGACCAAUAAAACCAAAACAUUUAAAGGCUAACAUAUAUUUGCAAUUUAAAAAGUUAAUUUCAUAGAUCACAUCAAAAUGGAUGAGUCAGUUCUAUAAUUCAUAUAUAGUAGUAAUAUUUUUUGUUAAUAUUAUAUUAGCAGGCAUGCAAAGUUUCUAACAAAUCAUUUUCUCUACAAGUAGUACCUCUAAAUUUAUCUUAACAAAGGUUAACCUGUGGCAGUUUGGAGAACAAACAGAAGGACAUUCUCUUCACCAUGAGAAUGUUUCCUCUUCCUCUUUCCUGGCUACUUAUCUUAGUUUAUAAUAGAACCUCUACCACUUGAUCACAAGGACCAUCCUGGAGAGUCAAGGCCCUAGUUCCUGGAAGCUCAUAGUGCAGAGAACUAUUAAGAACAAUGUAUCCUAUAUGGGCUUAUUUCCCAAGCUAUUAAUGACGACAAUAAACAUCUUUGGAGUUACCGUCACACAUUCAGUGUUCUGCUUCUCAUUCUAGAAGCUUCUCUAGACAAGAGGCUGGUCUGAUUUAUCUGCAUCAUCCCAGCAGGCAGUUGCAGCCACACCACUGAGUAGGUGGUACUGCUCAAAAUUAGUAGAAGGAAUGUUUGGACACUUCAGACUUCCAAGGGGCAGAAAAAUAGCCCGCCUGAAAAACAAUUUGUUCUGGAUUCACUCUGAAGGCAAGGCAGUUUUUCACUCCUCUACUGAGCUCCGGGUUUCUUUCCCACUCAAGGCCACGGAAAACAAUCAGUGAAGACUGAGCGUCAGUCAGGCUCCGGAAUGGCUGCUAUUCGCUUGGAAGCCUUAUAGUUUUCCGUACUUUGUUUCCCCCUCCUGACCUCUGCCAAGUCCCCAGGCCCCGCUCUGCCCAGUAAAGUUCUGAGCCCAGCGACAGCGUCGGGGGAACCGAAAAACCGCGGAACCAGAGGCAGAAGGAGCGGUGGGGGCGGCGGGAGCAGGAGUGGAAGGACCGGCAGGCCUAGCUCCCACGCGGCGGCGGCGGCUGGGGGAAUGGAGCCCUUGCGGGUCCUUGAGCUGUACAGUGGCAUUGGUGGCAUGCACCACGCACUGAGAGAAAGCUGUAUACCUGCACAAGUGGUGGCUGCCGUUGAUGUAAAUACAGUUGCUAAUGAAGUAUACAAGUAUAAUUUUCCUCACACACAGUUACUGGCAAAGACAAUUGAAGGCAUUACACUGGAAGAGUUUGACAAAUUAUCUUUCAAUAUGAUUUUAAUGAGCCCACCAUGUCAGCCAUUCACAAGAAUUGGCUUACAGGGUGAUAUGAUUGAUCCAAGGACAAAUAGCUUCUUAUACAUUCUAGAUAUUCUCCCAAGAUUACAAAAAUUACCAAAGUAUAUUCUUUUAGAAAAUGUUAAAGGUUUUGAAGUAUCUUCUACCAGAGACAUGUUGAUAAAAACAAUAGAAAAUUGUGGCUUUCAGUACCAAGAAUUUCUGUUGUCUCCAACCUCUCUUGGUAUUCCAAAUUCAAGGCUAAGGUAUUUCCUUAUUGCAAAGCUUCAGUCAGAGCCAUUACCUUUUCAAGCCCCUGGUCAGGUACUGAUGGAGUUUCCCAAAACUGACUAUGAGUAUCCACAAAAAUGUGUAGUGGAUGCAGAAAAUAAAAUUAAAAUAAAGGAAACAGAACCCAAUAUUUGCUUUGAUAGCAGUAUGGAAUGUUCUGGAAAAGAUGCCAUUCUUUUUAAGCUUGAAACUGUAGAAGAAAUUAAAAGAAAACAUCAACAGGACAGUAAUCUCUCUGUGCAAAUGUUAAAAGAUUUUCUUGAAGAUGAUAUUGACACCAAUAAGUACAUUUUACCACCGAAGUCUUUGCUGCGAUAUGCUCUUUUAUUAGAUAUUGUUAAGCCCACUUGCAGAAGGUCCACGUGCUUUACCAAAGGAAAGAACAUUAGGCCUUUUCAGAAAUUUUUUGCCAAAGAUCCCUACCAUUCAGCCUCAUUUGACAGUUAUGGAAGCUACAUAGAAGGGACAGGAUCUGUGUUACAGACUGCAGAGGAUGUGCAGAUUGAGAGUAUCUACAGAUCCCUUAGCAAUUUGCCACAAGAAGAAAAGAUAACAAAGUUGUCAAUGCUUAAGCUGCGAUAUUUUACUCCUAAAGAAAUAGCAAAUCUCCUUGGAUUUCCUCCAGAGUUUGGAUUUCCUGAGAAGAUAACAGUGAAACAGUGUUACCGUCUACUUGGAAAUAGUCUCAAUGUGCAUGUAGUAGCUAAGCUGAUCAAAAUCCUUUGUAAAUAACUUUGAAAUAACUCUGGAAAAGGAACAUGAUAUUCUUUCAUGCCCAGAUUGUAAUUCUUAAAUUCUAUUUUGAAGUAAUGUUGAUUAAAUUUAACUAAGUUAUUUUAAUCUUUCUUUAAAAAUUUUAGAAUUCAUCUCAAAAUUUAGAAUUUCUCACAAAAAUAAAUUUGUUUUCUUAAAUUUAUAUUACUGUAUUUUAUAAGUUUUGCUUUAUAGAGAAUAUAUUUUCAUUUGAAAGUAAUAUAUAUCUUUAUAAUAUGUAUAUUAUAUGUUAUAUAUAAUAUGUUAUUAUUAUCUUUACAAUAUUAUUACUCCUAAACUUAGAAUGGUGAUUCUAAUGCUAGCAUGUUUGAAAUAUUGGAUGUUUUACUUAAUUCCCAUCUUUUGGAUAUUUUACUUAAAUCCCAUCCUUUAAAUGUUUCUUAAUUUAUUGUAAACAGAUACUUAUGAUAUUUGAAACCAAAUUGUCAUUAAUCAACUUAUACAGCAGUCUGAAGAAUAUAAUAGAAAAAUUAAAUUCAUGAUUACUUCUUCAUCAGGAGGCCUUAGCAAACUUAGGUGUUUAUUAUCUAAUUAUCUUUAUCUUUCAUGUCUCUCCGAAGGGCCAAACUCAGUAUGGACUUCGCUUUAGUUUGCUAUUAUUAGAGUUUGUUUUUGCCUCCCUUCUCAGCUUGUGAGUUAAAUUUGCCUGCAGUCUAAGGAAUGUAAUGUAGCAUUAGGAAUUUAGGGAGGAAAUUCUACUCUGAUCCCAUUAUAUAUGGUGCUAGUUCCCCCCACCUCAUUUUUUUUUUAAUUGUUGUGACAUGCCUCUGAUUUAACUUUCAUAACUUUAACUUUGUUGUUUCUCCUUGCCAGAGACUUUUUGGAAUUCAGGUUUCUCAUCAGCCUGAAUCUUGCAUCAUAUAUCUUGCAGUUUUGAUUUUAGUAAUAAAAGCAAGUGAUACAGAGAAAUGAAAAGAAACAAGACCAGAAAUUAUAUCACAAAAUAUUAAUUCAUAUUUUUUAUUUUUUAAGCAUAAUCUAAGCCAGGUGUGGUGACACACACCUGUGCUACUUGGAAGGCUGACGCAGGAGGAUUGCAAGUUUGAGGCCAGCCUCCACAACUGAGGAAGAACUUUUCUCAGAUAAAAAGGCGGGGGGUAAUGGGGGUUGAGGUGGGGAUAUAGCUCAGUUGUAGAGUGCCUCUGGGUCAAUCCUCAGUACAAAAACAAAAACAAAAAAAUCAUUCCUAUAUAGAGAAAUUUGAACCCUUGUUCAUUGCGGGUGAAAGCAUAAAAUAGUAGAGCUGCUGUGGAAAACCGUGUGGAGGUUCCUCAAAAAGUUAAAGAUAGAAUUACCAUAUGAUCUACAAAUUCCAUUUCUGGGUAUAUACCCAGAAGAAGUGAAAGCAAGAACUUGAACAAAUGCUGUGAUUAUAAUAGCAUCCAAAAGGUGGAAGCCGCCCAGGUGUCCAUCCAUCAAUAGAUAGAUGGAUAAAUAAAAUGUAUAUGUAUAUAAAUACAUACAAUGGACUAGUAUUCAUCCUUAAAAAAGAAUGAGAUUAUGAUACAUGCUGUGAACAGAAUGAGCCUUAAGACAUUCUAGUAAGUGAAACAAACCAGUCACAAAAGGACAAAUAUUAUAAUUCCACUUAUAUGAGGUACCUAAAACAGUCAGAUUCCCAGAGACUAUAAGUAGAAUGGUGGUUGUCAGGGAUAGUGGGAGGGAGAAUGAGGGGUUAGUGUUUAAUAGAUACAGUUUCGGCAUGAGGGCUAAUGAAGUUCUAGGAAAUGGUUGGUGGUGAUCGUUUCAUAAUAGUGCAAAGGUACUCAAUGCCACUGAACUGUACACUUAAAAAUAGUUGCAAUGGUGAAAUUUUAAAUUAUAUGUAUUUUGCUGCAAUUUAAGAAAAUUAUAUUUUAUUACCAUAUUUUCAGAACACAUAAAUAGAUAUAUUUAGGGAGGUUGUAAGCCAACACAUGUAUCAACAAUCACUAUCGACUUUUUAUAUUUGUGUUUAAAGAUAAACUUUAUUGCAAGUCUCAUAAAUUUUAUUAUACAAUCUAAAAUCAUUUUGGCACACUUUUGUGUAGUUUUCUUCGAUGAAAAAUUCUUUAUCAAUAAAAUGGUUUAUAGUUUAACUAUA